AUGGUCCCAGGUCCCUGCCUGGGCGCCUUGACUCUCCGACAUCUCCAGCGCAACCGCAGAAGCGCCGCCCCGCGGGCGCCGCGGGCGCCGCGCGCCCGCGGGGGCGAGGGGGUCACGUUGCCUGAGGAGGAUCUAUGGAUCCAGCGGUUGGAUUUGGAGAAGUUUGGAAGCGAAGUCCAUGACUUGGGGCAGAAGUUGAAAGCCUCCCAAGACCAGAACGACAUGAAACAUUUGCGCAAGAUCGUGCUGUGGAGCCGUCUCUGUGCAGUGAUUGGCCUGGGAACUAUGUGGAUGGCCCCUCCCAAUCUGGUCUCCAUCAUCUUCCUAAGUUUAUGGACCCACAGUGCCUGGACCAUGAUGGGCCACCACGCCUGCCACGGUGGCUACAACCGCACCGACGAAAGCGGACGCUUCAGCAGUCGCGGCUUCGCCCUGGGGUCGCUGUGGCGACGCCUGCAGGACUGGUUCGAUUGGAUGCUACCAGAGGCUUGGAGUAUCGAACACAACCAGCUGCAUCACUACCGCCUCAGCGAGGAUGGAGAUCCUGAUUUGUUGGAGAGAAAUUCUCAGGACUGGAGUCCUAUCGAGCGCAUGAUUAUGCCCUUUGUGUCCAUGUUGGUGUGGAAAUGGGCCUACUACGCCCCGAACACCUACAAGGAACUGAAGUUGCAGGAGAUGAGAACUAAGAAGAUCCCAUUACCUCAAAACUUUGAUCCUCAGAAACCUUUGACCUUGGGUGAUUUGGUGGCUGGUGAGGGUCAAGGUGUGCUGUCAUUGACGGAACUCAUGACGAAGGUCAUGGGGCCCUACUUCAUCUUUCGCUUCUUCCUGCUGCCCUUGCCUCUGAUCUUCUUUGGUCCCGCCUUCUACUUCCAUGGGGUGUGCAACCUCUUCCUAGCGGACAUUUUAUCCAACAUCCACGGCUUCAUAGUGGUGGUGCCCAACCAUGCGGGCAAUGACCUCUAUCGUUUCGAGAGGUCGUGUCGCCCAAAGUCGCCCACCUUCUACUUGCGAGCCAUCACAUCGUCCGUGAAUUUUGAUACGGGAGGAGAUGUGAAUGACUUUAUGCAUGGAUGGCUGAACUAUCAGAUUGAACAUCACUGUUGGCCAGACUUGUCCAUGCUCUCUUACCAGAAAGGCCAAGCCCAGUUGAAAGAGAUUUGUGCCAGACAUGGUGUGCCCUAUGUCCAAGAGAAUGUCUUCAUUCGUUUGAAGAAGACUCUGGACAUUGCCAUGGGCAAAACCAAGAUGCGAAGAUAUCCGGACUCCAUGGAGAGAGAGGCUGAUAUGAUGGUUUGGCAAGACCAGAAGGUAGCUGCUUAGACCAGGCUGUCAUUUCAUGUGCUGUGGGUUGACUGGGAUCAAUCUGAUCCAGAAUCAAUUUGGAGGUUUCCUAAAAUAGGAAUGUCCAUGGAUGCCC